GAUAUUUUGACACUCAGUCUCUUAAAAUGUUCCAAUUUCGGUUUUUGGAAUCAGUUAGCUAAUCUUUUCCAAAGCGAAAUACAAUCAGAGAUCUUUAAGUUAAUAUAAACAUACAUGUGAUUGUUGCCGUAAUACUAGAAAACUAUAGAGAUAAAUUGAUUAAAUGUAAGCGGUAAGCAGUUGUAAAAUGUUAUAAAAUCGAUAUUUUGCCGAGGUAGAUUGAAUAGUAAAAAUAUGAAGUCAUUAUUUGUGAUUUUCGUGGUUGCCGCGGCAGUUUUAGGUGCCCCUUCUGAAGACGUAGACGGGAGAAUAGCAGGUGGCUAUGACGUCGACAUAGCAAACUACCCCUACAUGCUCCAGCUCGAGUACAUGGAUGAGCUCGUCUGCGGAGCAAUCUUGGUUACCCCCAACUACGCCCUAACAUCCGCCCAAUGCUUACGGUCCAGAUACGCCGAGUACUUCUUGGUCCGUGCUGGUUCCGCGACCCUAUACGAAGGUGGACAAGAACUGCUCAUUCAAAAUAUCGUGUACCAUCCACAGUUCGAGGUCAGCAACAAUAACUAUGACGUGGCUCUUAUGCUCUUAUCUGGUAGCGUAUCCAACGCCAAUCCUAUUUCAUUGGCCACGAAUGACGACGCCAUUGUGGAAGGCGCUAGCCUCACAGUAGCCGGGUGGGGUUGGGAAGAGUUUGUUUACUACACCGAGUUUUCUACAAACCUUAAGGUUGUCGAGAUUCCUAUCCUAGGCAACGAAGCCUGCUCUAGUGCCUACGAUAUUGUUAGCGACGUGAUGUUUUGCGCUGCAUACCUGGAGGCUACCGGUAGGGGGUUCUGCUUCGGCGACAAUGGUGGGCCAGGUGUAAUCAACGGAGUCCUCGUCGGAGUUAUAUCCUUUGGCCAAGGCUGUGGAGAUGGUACCCAUGCUGGGGUACUUAUUAGGGUUUCCAAAGUGAGAGACUGGAUUUACAAUAUUAUUGGAACAGUUGAUGUUUGAUGAUAUUAAAGACAAUUAAUUUGA